AUGAUCGACCCUGAAUACAGAUUCUUCGCCCCCAGUGGCGCCAUUUACCCUGGAGGUCCAAGCACCUGGCACGUUGUCGAUUGGGAUCAACGACGGCUCGUCUCAGUCACCAUGGACGAGGAGCUUGAGUCGGAAGAUCUUGCGUUCGAACAUCUCGCCAAGUAUAUCGACCAUCUUGCGCCCGACGUCUAUGAAAUUCACGUGUCUCCUACCGGUGACUUGAUAUCGACAUCCACUGAUCCAAAGAACGACGUGACACGGUGUGUUUUCCAUCCAGACCUCGAUACGAUUCAACGGCCAGAGCAUGUCAAAGUCAUCUCCCGCGCGGAACUUGAGGAACUUGAUAGACUUGACCGAUGUCUUGACCUCGUCGUUUGUCCACAGUCCUCCGAGCCUACUAAGAAACUUAUCUUCAAAUACUACUUUCUCUAUGCACACUUGUUCUCUGAAUGGCAUGAGAUGAGUCUCUGGAUACGUCUUCCCAAGCAUCCAAACAUUGUCCCUUUUGACAGCAUAGUCGUGGAUGAGAUUGAAGGACGAUUUGUUGGGUUCACAACCGAAUACAUCCCGGGGGGCACCCUUGACGAGAACAAAAGUCGUACUUUCAAACUGAAAUGGCUCCGUCAGCUUAUUGGCGUUGUUGACGAGUUGAAUCUAAACCUCGGGGUUGCUCACCAGGAUAUCGCACCUCGAAACAUACUGAUACAUGAAGCGACGGAUUCUCUGAUGCUUUUCGACUUUAACUACUCGGCGCGUAUUGGAAUGCCCGGAUACUCAGAGGCUAGGAACGACAUCAAGGGGACAUUAUUCACAAUGUACGAGAUCAUCACUCGCGAUGAUGAUCUGCGUGCUGUUAGACACGAGGAACAAGACGUCUCGCGCAUUGAACAUACGGACUGGGUGAAGCAUCCAGAUGUUCUCCUGGACCACCCAAUCUCGGAAUUUCGCCAGGUGCUCAAGGAAUGGUGUGAGAAGCGGCGAGCUGGAAAACAAAUCACUGCGCAUACAGAGGCCCCUAAUUUCCUGGACUGGCCACCGGUCCCUGAUCCGCCCCUUACUGUAUACGAAAACUUCUACAUAAACAAACCCGGGAAAGAGGUUAUGAAGCUAUAUGAUUGGAGAAGAAAUGAGUUGCUAAAGCAAGGCAAGACUGUUUUAAACUGGCAGCGCCCUCCUCAAAGGUCUAAGCCAGGGGCGACGACUGGGACUGUCGGUACGAACGCCUGCGAUAACUAG